UAUGGUGGUCUCUUGCUAUUCACAGUUUGCUUAGUGCAAUCUCCAUGGAUGAACAGCUUUCUCCGAUCUUGUCCAAUGCAGCACCAUGGUGUCUUGUGAGUGCAAUCUCCAUGCAUGCUCAAUGUUGAGUGCAAGUUGAAGCGGGUCAUCUCAUCGCUCUACUUAAGGAAGACACUCAUCGCCUCUUGGCCACCCAUGGCUGCACAUAAACCCUAUGUUGCUGCAGUCAUCUUACAGCUCACGUCCACCGGAUACUUCGUUAUAUCCAAGGCUGCCUUCGACAAGGGCUUGAGCACCUUCGUCUUCAUCUUCUACCGGCACGCAGCCGCCUCACUGUUACUUGCACCGCUCGCUGUCAUCUUCGAGAGGAGGAGGUCUCCGCCACUGACGGUGAUGACAGCGUUGAAGCUGUUCAUGCAUGCAAUGUUAGGGAUUACCUUCAGCUUGAACUUGUAUAACGUGGGAGUGAAGUAUACUUCGGCAUCGGUGGCCUCAGCAACUACGAACUCAGUACCAGUGUUUACCUUCUUUUUUGCUGUGCUCUUCAGAAUGGAGAGCAUCAAGAUGAAGAGCUUCUCGGGAGUAGGCAAAGCACUGGGAGUAGCGCUUUGCCUGGCCGGAGUUGUGAUGACUGCCCUCUACAGAGGACCUCGCAUCCACCCCUUGAACCUCCACUUCCCCUCCGGCCACCACAGGAUGAGCCACUUAGAUGAGGAGCCUGCUGUUUCCAAGACUACCUGGAUCAAAGGAACCCUCUUCGUCAUCACUGCCACCAUGACCUGGUCUCUGUGGUUCGUCCUACAGGGGAUCUUGAUGAAGGAGUACCCCUCCAAGCUUCUUUUCACCACUCUCGAGUGCCUCUUCGCCACACUUCAGUCGAUCUUCGUUGCCAUGGCGUUUGAGAGAGACACCUCCAAGUGGAAGCUGCAGCUGGAUGUCGGCCUGCUUGCCAUCCUCUACUGUGGGUUUAUGGUGACAGGAGUUGCUUUCUACAUACAAACUUGGUGCAUAGAGAAGAAGGGUCCUGUCUUCCUGGCAGUUUUCACACCUUUAUCUCUUGUUUUCACCAUCAUAUGUUCAUCUAUUUUUCUAGGAGAGAUGAUUUCUCUGGGAAGUAUUUUAGGUGGGCUGCUAAUGGUUGGAGGCCUUUAUUGUGUUCUAUGGGGAAAGAACAAGGAGAGUGUCACCUGUGAGGCCUCAGUAGAAGAUGGAAAUUCACAAUCGCAGAAGGAAGCAACAUGAAUUGAGCCACUUUGAUGUUAUAUUUACGAUGAGAUAUGUA